AUGACGGAGACCAAGCAGCAUGGAACCUUCGCCGUCAAGAGUGGUCUGGCCCAGAUGUUGAAGGGUGGCGUGAUCAUGGAUGUGGUGACCGCCGAGGAGGCCCGCAUCGCCGAGGAGGCCGGUGCCGUGGCGGUGAUGGCCCUGGAGCGUGUGCCCGCGGACAUCCGCAAGGAUGGUGGCGUGGCCCGCAUGAGCGACCCGGACAUGAUCAGGUCCAUUAAGGCCGCGGUGACCAUCCCCGUCAUGGCCAAGGCCCGCAUCGGGCACUUCGUGGAGGCCCAGAUCCUGGAGGCCCUGGGCGUGGACUACAUCGACGAGUCCGAGGUGCUCACCCCUGCCGACGACAUCCACCACAUCUCCAAGCACAACUUCAAGGUGCCCUUUGUUUGUGGCUGCCGCGACCUGGGCGAGGCCCUGCGCCGCAUCGCCGAGGGCGCAGCCAUGAUCCGCACCAAGGGCGCCAUCCGCCAGCUGGCGACCCUCGACGAGGACGAGCUGUACGUGUACGCCAAGGAGAUUCGCGCGCCUGUGGAGCUGGUGCGGCAGACCAAGGCGCUGGGCCGCCUGCCCGUGGUCAACUUUGCCGCGGGCGGCGUGGCCACCCCCGCGGACGCCGCGCUGAUGAUGCAGCUCGGCAUGGACGGCGUCUUCGUCGGCUCUGGCAUCUUCAAGUCGGGCGAUCCCGCCAAGCGCGCGCGCGCCAUCGUGCAGGCCGUCACCCAUUACAGCGACGCCAAGAUCCUGGCGGAGGUGUCGGGCGGCCUGGGCGACGCCAUGGUCGGCAUCGACGUGCGGGAGAACGGCUUCACUUCCUACGCUGCGCGUUCCGAGUGA